AUGCACACCAGGCUGAUGGCUGUGGCCAGGGAGAGGUGCAAGUGGGCCACUGUCAAGAAGCAGGUCCACAUUGAGGAGGACUCCAAUGAAGAGAGAUUCAUCUUUGACUUCAUCAUCACCCUCAUCAUCACCAUCAACAUGCUUGGAGCUUGGCUGAUGUGGAAUGACCACAUUGAGGAGGUCCAUGUUGAGGUGCCUGUCAAGGAGGUGACUGUUGAGGAGGGCACCUUCCUAUUCUGCCAGGGCCAGGCUGCCAUGUGGACUGUCCUCUUUGCCACCAGUGCUGUUCUCCUCCACCAAGAUUUUAACACUUUCACAUCUCUGGGACUGCUUACCCUGGUGGCGAAGGACUGA